AUGGCAUUGGCAACUAGCAGACUGGCAAUAGUGACAGGCGCCAACAAGGGCAUCGGGUACGCCAUCGUAAAGGCUCUGUGUGAACGAUUCGACGGCGAUGUUUACCUCACAGCCCGCGACGUCGGCAGGGGCGAGGCCGCGGUCGGACGGCUGAAUGAGCUGGGUCUGAAGCCUAAGUUCCACCAGCUGGACGUGACCGACACAGAUAGUGUGGCCGCGUUCGCCGCGUUCGUGGCCCACAGCUACGCGGGCAUUGACGUGCUGGUCAACAACGCCGCGAUCGCAUUCAAGGUGGCCGCCACCGAACCGUUCGGCGAACAGGCCGAGGAGACGCUCCGGGUCAACUACUUUGCACUGCGGACCGUGUGCGACGCGCUGUUCCCAUUGCUAGUGCCCGGUGCUCGUGUGGUAAAUUUGUCCGGCUAUAGCGGCCGCCUGUCACUGAUUCCGGGCGAAGAGCUUAGGCGAACGCUGUCCUCGCCUAUGUUGACCAUCGACCAGCUGGACGCUCUGAUACGCCAGUUCGUGGAGAAAGCCAAGGGCGGCGAUCAUAAACAAUCCGGAUGGCCGUCGUCCGCGUACGGCGUGUCCAAAGUCGGAGUUAGUGCGCUGACAUGUAUACUACAGAGGCAAUUCGAUUUAGACUCCAGGACAGACAUUGUGAUCAACAGUGUCCACCCUGGCUACGUGGCCACGGACAUGGCCAGUCACAAAGGACCGUGA